AUGGCCGCCUCCCUCCACGCCCCCCGCCUCCUCCCGCUCCCCCCAAGCCUCGGCGGGCCCAGGCGCGGGCAGCGGCGGCGCUUCUCGCCGGCCGCGGCGGUGCCGCCGUCGCGGAACGGGAGCUCGGCGGGGACGGACUGGUGCCCGGUGCCGCCGGAGCAGCGGCCCGUGAACGAGUACGAGGCGCUGUCCGCGUCGCUGCCCUUCUCCUGGGCGGCGGGGGACCUGCGCGUCUACUGCUCCCGCCUCGCCUUCACGGGCGCCGCCUUCGCGCUCUUCGUCGGCCUCCCCGUCGCGGCCUUCGGCGGCCGCGGCGGCGACGCCCUGCACCUCGCGCUGGGAGCCACCGGGUCCGGGAUCCUCGCCGUCACGCUCGCAGUCGUGAGGAUGUACCUCGGCUGGGCCUACGUCGGGAACCGCCUGCUCAGCGCCACCGUGGAGUAUGAGGAGACGGGAUGGUACGACGGGCAGAUAUGGGUUAAAACCCCAGAAGUUUUAGCUCGUGAUCGGCUUCUCGGUUCAUUUUCUGUCAAGCCUGUGCUGAACAGGGUGAAGUUCACCUUGGUGGGUCUGGCGGUGUCCCUGACCCUCUGCAUCCUCCUCUACGUCAACACCGAGAAGCCGAAGGAGCCAUUCGAAAGCACUGGCCCAAGGGCCAUCCCCGGGGUGUACAAUGAUAGGGCAGCGAGGUCGUUUGAGCCUGAUGCGUUCUGCGGAGAACCUGAUCUCAGUGGUGAUCAGACAUAGCGCUGC